UCGAAGUGGGAGGGCCCGUCAUCUGACUUCAGCGGGCAGCAGGAAUAAAGUGGGUGUUGUGCUGUGGUGUUUGGCUCGGUGCGAUGCGUCUUCAUGUCUGCUACUAAACACACGAGCAGCGGUUCACUGUGCUUGCGGACUACGGCGGAGGGAUCGUCCCAGAGCAGAGCGAGCGAGCGAGCAUCCGUCUGUUGAGGCCAGCAGCAGUGCAGCAGGGGAAGCUAGCUCCAACCCCGCUUAGACUCAGUGACAGCAGCCCGGAGCCAGGCAGAGUCGGUGAGCCAUGGGUUUCCGCAAGAAGAACAAGAGCCCACCGGUGCUGAGCCACGAGUUUGUGAUCCAGAAUCACGCCGAUAUGGUGUCGUGCCUGGCCAUGAUCAUCCUCCUUGGCCUGAUGUUUGAGGUCACAGCAAAGUUUGCCAUCAUGUUCAUCACAGUUCAGUACAACGUAACUCAAGUUCUUGAUGAGAAAAGCGACCCAGUCAACCUUUACCAGUAUGGCCCUAAAGACGUGGCCACUGUGUUUUUUUACCUUCUUAUUGCAGUCAUCCUUCAUGCCUUGAUACAAGAAUAUAUUCUCGACAAAAUGAACAGGAGGUUGCACCUGUCAAAAACCAAGCACAGCAAGUUCAAUGAGUCCGGGCAGCUCGCAGCGUUCUAUCUGUUCUCCUUCAUCUGGGGCUGCAGCAUCCUAACAGCGGAGGACUUUGCAACAAAUCCUACUUUCUUAUGGGAGGGUUACCCACAUACUCGCAUGGUUUUUCAGGUCAAGUUCUUCUACAUUUGCCAAAUUGCGUAUUGGCUCCACGCACUUCCUGAGCUGUACUUUCAAAAAGUACGGAAGGAAGACAUCCCGCGCCAGCUUUAUUACAUUUGCCUUUACGUUGUCCACAUCACCGGUGCCUAUGUCUUAAACCUUCACCGACUGGGCCUCGUGUUGCUGGUCCCUCACUACCUGGUGGAGCUUCUGUUCCAUGCUUCACGCCUCUUCUACUUCAGUGAUGAGAACAAGCAAAAAGGUUUUACUCUGUGGGCGCUACUUUUUGUCAUCGCCCGCCUCCUCACCCUCACACUCUCGGUUCUGACAUUCGGUUUUGGCCUGCCCCGAACAGAAAACCAGGGCUUUUCCCUAGCUGAAGGCAACUUCAAUGUGCUCACCAUAAGGAUGACUUGUCUGGCAGCUAUCUGCCUGACACAGGCCUGGAUGAUGUGGAAAUUCAUUAAUUUCCAGUUGAAGAAGUGGCGAGAGCACAGCCAGAACCAAGCCUCAAAGAAGAAGGCGGCCAGCCCAAAGAGCAAGCCUCACAAAAGGGAACUCACAAGGGGUGGAGCUGCCAAUGGAGUUGUCAAAUCUGAAGAUAAAACCUCACCACGGGCAAGGAAAGCUAAAGCCUCAUAGAGCUUCACAGAGGAGGAGGAGAACGAGUGAGGGAGUUCUGACAAUGUGACACUUUGUCUUUACACAGCUUAAAAUUAUGUGUACUACUCCCCAAAACAAAUGUUUAAGCACGCUAGGAAACCUUACAUGACUGUCCCUUUUGGGGGGCUGAGACUCCUUUCCAACAAAGUUCAGUGUUACUGUC